AUGGCCGCUCUCCCUUCUUUUAUUGAACUCAUGGCUUCUCUAGGCAUAGAUGAUGCUAAGCCAGCAACCCCGAGUAUAGUCAAAACUCGAGAUCGUUCUUCUUCAUGUUCUUCGUCUUCUUCAUUGGGCAGCUCUGCUGACGGUUGGAGCCCCAUCCGUUGUGCCCGCGACAUUGACUUGGAUAGGCGUUCUCGUCGAGUCAGAGCAGUAAGAUAUUCACCAUACAUUUCAGCUACUUCUACUGCCAGACAAAGCAGUGUCGUAUCGUUGACACAUAGCCAGAGUGAUCCAGAAGACUCUAGUAGGUCUUCAUCACCAAAUCCCCCUUCAUCUCCUCGGCACACACGACGGCCUUCACCGCUUCAUUUCUCCAAUAGAGAAAGGUCAUCCAUCACACCUAUUUCCUCAUACGUUCGCCGCAAGACACCACAGAACUCGCCUGUCGUCCUUACUUUUGCUCAACGGGAAUACGUUGAGAGACCCGAAAUUAUCAUUCCACCAUCAUUGAUGCCCAUGUCAUUGCCCACUAUCCCAUCAGUCUCUCACUAG